AUGCCUGAAGCUGAUGUAACGUACGCUGAUGUGAAGUUCACCAGAAUCAACAGAGGAACCUUCUCUCCAUCAGACCACAGCACUUACUCCGAGGUCAAGAUUUCACCAAGAGAACCACCAGCAGAUUCUCACCAAAAUGAGUCGAGCUGGAGGUCAAAGGUCACCUCAGAGCGUGCGGCCCUGCUGGUUCUCGGUGGAGUUUUAGCCGCUGCCGUCAUCGCUCUCGGAGUCUUUGCUCAUGAUGUGAAUAGCCUCAGUCAGUCUGUCCAAAGCCUGACAGAGGACAACGAAGUUUUGAGGACAAACUUAUUAGGUAAAAGAUGUCUGGUGUUUGAAGGAGACUGGGAGCUUCAUGGAGGAAAGUGUUAUUAUUUCAACACCUAUGGACUCACCUGGCAGGAGAGCAGAUGUUUCUGCAAAGACUUUGGAGGAGACCUGGUGAAGAUCUCCAGCAGAGAGGAGCAGGAGUUUCUGGUGGGAAGAGUGAGAGACUUGAAGACAACCGAGGAUGACAAGUUCUGGAUCGGACUGACGGGGUCAGAGACUGAGUGGCUGUGGGUGGACGGAUCACCUCUGAUCAAAAGGUUUGAUGAUGACGUGGUCCUGUCGGUGUCAUUAUGCCCUAAUGUAGUUGUUCCCAACUCUGGUCCUUGA